AUGCGUGAACCCAUUGACAAAAGUCAACUCACGAAAAAGCACCGUUACCGUCUAGGCGGGGCCGAAUACCGAGCAAUCGAUAUGCUGUCCAAAAUCGUGAUCAUUUAUUACUUGUCCAUAAUUAUCAUCUUUGGAUUCCUGUAUCGAAUCUACAUUGCAGCCUCUGGUACUGCAAAGGAUAUCUUGCGAAGCUCCAACGAGAACGGACCGGUGGAUCCAUGGUUUUUUUCCUUCUUCAUGAGUUUAUCAGCACUCAAUAAUCUGGGUCUUUUCCUUUUGGAUGCAAGCAUGGUUCCAUUUCAGAAUGAAUACGCUCCACUUAUAUUUACAAUUAUUCUCAUUCUUGCCGGAAACACAGCCUAUGCCAUCUUUCUCCGGUUCAUUAUAUGGUGUCUGUACAAGAUGAUACCUUCUUCCCGCGUCAUGCUCAAAGAAACGUUUCAAUACCUGCUCGACCAUCCUCGAAGAUGCUAUACUACGCUGUUUCCAUCUACGCAGACCUGGUGGUUGCUGGCGAUUAUUGUCGUUAUCACAUUGACAGAACUUAUUUCUGUCCUGUCACUCAAUUAUUGGCUUCCCGCACUCGCAUCAUUAUCAUGGGGUUCACGUAUCGUGGACGGUUUAUUUCAAUCGGUUGCAACUCGAAAUGCCGGUUUUAGUGUACUCAAUCUGGGUGAACUGAAUCCUGGUACUCAGCUUGUUUACAUGGUAGCCAUGUAUAUUAGCGUGUAUCCAGUGGCCAUCUCUAUGCGAAACAGUAAUGUGUAUCAGGUAAAAGGAAGCACAAUCAUAGCAACAGCAAAGGAAGUGUUUGACUGA